AUGGCCGCCGCUCGCCACGUUCUACCGAGCAGUGUCCGACCGACGCACUACCACAUUGCCCUCUGUCCAGAUCUCGAUCACGCCACCUUCUCAGCUGAGGUGGUCAUCGACGUGCAUAUCACUGAGCCCACAAGCACCUUCGUGCUGAAUGCAGUGGGACUAACGUUUUCUGAUGUUUCAGUGCGCGCUAUCGUCGGCGAUGGCGGCAACGAUGCUCCACGGACUGUGCAGAGCAUCACGGAGUCGACGGCGGACCAGCGCAUAUCUGUGCAGGUCGAUCGGCCAGUAACUGAUGCCGCUCAGCUGCGGUUUCGCUACACGGCGGCCAUCGGCGACAAUCUCUUCGCUUUCUACCGUAGCCAGUAUACGUACGAAGGCGUCACGUCGUAUGUGGGGGCGACACAGAUGUGCCCAGCGGAGGCGCGCCGUGUCUUCCCCUGCUGGGAUGAGCCUGCUGCCAAAGCUACAUUUGCCCUCGACAUAACCGUCCCUGCGAAGCUGCAGGUGUGGAGCAACGACGUACCGCGCAAGGUGGUGCAGCUGCCGGACGGGCUUGCGCGCUGGGAAUUCCGCCCUGUCAUAGCCAUGUCCACCUACGUCGUCGCCUGGGUGAUUGGGGAGCUAGAGACGACGGAGGUGGUGGUGCCACGGAGCGCUGCCGCAGUGGCUGGUCAGGGUGGUGAACUGGCAUCGUCCUCCCCCGUCGUCAUCCGUGCCGUUACCCCACGCGGCAAGAUUGAGCAAGCACGAUUCGCGCUGACGGUGGCCGCGCGAGUGCUGCCGCUCUACGAGGAGUGCUUCCAGUUUCCGUACGUCUUUCCAAAGCUUGACCUCAUCACAUUGCCCAACUUUGCCUUUGGGGCUAUGGAGAACUGGGGCUGCAUCACGUUCCGCGAGCAGACACUACUGGCCUCGGAGGAGGCGAGCGCCAUGCAGAAAGAGCGGGUCGCGAUGGUGGUGGCGCACGAGCUGGCCCAUCAGUGGUUCGGCAACUUGGCGACCAUGGCCUGGUGGUCGGACCUGUGGCUGAACGAGUCCUUCGCCACCUACAUGGCCACCUGGGCGGUGAACAAGAUCUUUCCCGAGUGGCUGGUGGACACUCAGUUCGUGCACGACGAGGGAAGCCGGGCAUACCAGCUGGACGCCAUGCGCUCCUCGCACCCCAUCGAGUUGCCGGUGCGGGAUGUGCGAGAGGUGGACAGCAUUUUCGAUGCCAUCAGCUACUCCAAGGGAGCCAUGGUGCUGCGCAUGGCGGCCAAGUUCGUUGGCGAGGAAGGAUUUCAGCGCGGGCUGGUCGACUAUCUCUCCCGCUACGCCUACGCGUCGGCUACAUCGCUACAGCUGUGGGAGGCCCUCUCCGGCCCUGCCGCGCCGAAUUUGAAAGAGGUUCUUCAAAGCUGGACGAGGGAGCAGGGAUACCCGUAUGUGCAGGCCGCACACGACGCAGCAACCGGUACGCUGGCGCUGACGCAGCGGCGCUUCUUCGCCGUGAGCGAUGUGACGGCAGACGAGGACGCGCCACUGUGGAGGAUUCCCAUGGUUUACACAUACGGGACCGCGGAUGGGGCGGUCAAGACUCAGUCCGUCGUGCUUGCCGCCGCCACCAUGUCCGUCCCGAUUGACGGCGCGGUGUGGGUGAAGGUGAACUCGGACCAGAUCGCUUUCUGCCGUGUGCAGUAUACGGCAGAGAUGCUGCGCGGGCUCGUGGGCCCGCUUACGGCGAAGGCCAUCAAUUCCACGGACCGCUACUCCAUCCUCGCAGACUACGCGGCCUUCGCGCGCGGAGGCUACUGCGACACGGUGCAGGUCAUCGAUCUUCUCUCCCAUUACCACAACGAGGACGACUACACGGUGUGGUGCGAGGUGGCCCAGUUCGAGAAGGACCUGCGCAGCAUCCUCGCCUGCAGUUCACCGGAAGUGCACGCCGCUUUCAACGACUUCUGCAAUCGUCUCUACUCCCCGGCGAUGCGGCGGGUCGGGUUGCAGCCGCGCCGGGGAGACGGUCACCGCACCCAGCAAGCGCGCCUACUAAUCUUCUCUCGACUGCUCUCGUGCAGCAACGUCCAGGCCACGGCGAUGGCACGUGACCUGUACGACAAGCGCACCACGAGCGUCAUUUCGCCUGACAUGCUAGGUUACGUGUACGCUGUACAUAUCAACACCCACGGCGCGGCGGCGAUGGCAGAGGUGCAGGAGCUCAUUGCCAAAACCACAUACGCGGAGGAACGGGCGCAGUACCUUGGCGCACUCGCGGCGGUGGCGGAGCCGUCCAUUGACGUGCCGAAGCUGAUGGACUAUCUUCUGUCGGACGCGGUGAACAGCCAGGACAUGUUCACGGUGAUGCUGGGCUUGGCGGAGGGUGCACAGACACAGGCCUUCUUCGUUCAGCAGCUAAUGGACAAGUGGCCGCGCCUGGUCCAAAAGGCGCCGUCCGUGCUGCUGGCAAGGAUGCUGAAGCUGAUUGAGCACAGCAGCGACGAGGCGCUGAUAGCACCACUGCGCCGCUUCUUCGACGGCAUGCCUGAAGAAAUGCAGUCUCGCACUCGAAUGUCUUUCGAGCAGGGCGUGGAGGGUCUCCUGUGCAAUGCGGCGUGGGCCGCUCGCGAUGGCGCCCGCAUUGGCGACUAUCUACUGCACAAGGGAACCCACUUAAAGAUAGACUAG